UCAAACGGAGAGAAGAGAAAGAUACUGUGCAGAAUCAAUGGCAGCAGAGAGAUACUGAGCCAGAAAUCAUUAUAGGAAAGAAGAUACGGAGACUGAAAGAUCUUUCUUCUUCACCUAAUAACAGAAGAAAAGAAGAUUUUCUUCAUAUAUGUGUGUAUAUAUUCUUUUGGACUAUUUAUAGACAAAAGAGUAAUAGCAAUAGAAACCAAAUAACGAACCCUUUUGCUUUAAUGCCUCUGAAUCCUUUGCUCAGUCUCCAAAAAAAAAAAAAAAAGUUGUAUCCUUUGCGUCCGGUUUUGUUUUAAAAGCAUUGCCAUUUGAUUUUCUUCUUCUUGUCUAAUAAAAUAAAGGGUAUUUAAUAUAAUAUAAUAUUACAUGAAGGAGCUUUGAUUUGUACGCAUAUUAUACACAUUGCUCAACAAAGUUACAGAGAGAGAAUCUUUAAAUUAGGAAAAAAAAAAGUUUUAAGUGUUGAGACAGAGGGAAACCGGCGCCACUUUUGAAUAUUUGAGAAGGAACAAUUUUUGUUGGUACUGUUUGUUGUUCCCUUAGUUUUUGGUAUGGGGAAAGCUGCAAGGUGGCUGAAGGGGUUAUUGGGCAUGAAAAAGGAGAAAGAUAAAGACCGGAUAGAGCAAUAUUCAUCUGUUUUAUCCGAUAAAAAAGAGAGGAAAAGAUUUAGUUUUGGCAAAUCCAGCAAAGGUGUCAGUGAAAUUUCUCAGAGUCCAAGCAAUGUUUCCACGACUACAGAUGCUGCUUGGCUCAGAUCCUACAUUGCUGAAACUGAGAAAGACCAAAACAAGCAUGCAAUUGCAGUGGCUGCUGCCACCGCAGCUGCAGCUGAUGCCGCCGUGGCCGCAGCAAAGGCGGCAAUGGCAGUGGUGAAGCUAACCAGUAAUGGACGAACCAGUUUGGUUGGUGGAGGGAGGGAAAGGUGGGCAGCUAUGAAAAUUCAAAGCGUCUUCAGAGGGUAUUUGUCUCGGAAAGCACUUAGAGCAUUGAAAGGACUGGUUCGAUUACAAGCUCUGGUUAGAGGCUAUCUUGUAAGAAAGAGGACUAUUGCAACUCUGCACAGUAUGCAAGCUCUUCUAAGAGCCCAAACAACAGUUCGGUCCCAGCGGAUACAUCGCUCCUUCAACAAGGACCAUUCCUGUUGUCUUGAGCACAAGCCACGCUCUUCCAUUGAGAGAUUUGAUGAACCGAGAAGUGUAAUCCACAGCAAAAGACUGUCUGCAUCGAUGGAAACCAAUGCAUAUGAUGACAGCCCAAAGAUUGUUGAAAUUGACACAUUCAAGACAAGAUCAAGAUCACGUAGGUUCAACCUUAAUGCAUUAUCAGAAUGUGGGGAUGACUUCGCUUCUCAUACAAACACUUCUCCUCUUCUGUGUCCGGUUCCUGUCCGAACAUCAACACCCCAUCACCAAAAUGUUGAUGAUUUUGAAUGGUGUUUUGCGGAUGACGAAUGUAGGCUCUCCACCGCUCAGAGCACCCCUCGUUUUGCUAAUCCGGUUAGGACGCCUAUUGCUCCUGCCACACCAUUGAGUGUGUGUGGAGAAGGGUAUUUUAGACGACCUCAUUCGAACCUACCAAACUACAUGGCGAAGACACAAUCAUUCAAGGCCAAGUUAAGAUCUCAUAGUGCCCCAAAGCAAAGACCAGAGCCAGGAACAAAGAAGAGACUUUCCCUCAAUGGAUUAAUGGCUGCAAGGAACAGCAUCAGUGGAGUUAGAAUGAAUACCUCCUGCUAUCAAGUUGAUGAAGGAUUGGAAUUAUAAGAGAAAACUCCAAGUAUCCCAUGUAUUGUUAAUUUGUUUGCUAUGGUUAUCAACAAUCUAUUACAACUCAAGUCGAGUGUUUCCCACUUUGUUAUAAACAAUACCCGUAGGAUAGAAGAAGAAAUUCUUGUGUAAAUCCUUCCAAUGACCCUUUUUUUCCCCUAUUUAAUUAAGCCGUUGCUGAUUUAAUCAAAUUUCCCAAACAUUGUUUAUUCAUGUCAGUAUUAAUGUCAAAUCUGGGAAACAAUGUUUAACAGGAGUUCAUAAUAUCCUCCCCACUUCAACAAGUAUUCCUUGUUCUCAAUAUGACCAUAUCUUGAAACAAUUAUUCAUCUUUAAUAUCAAAUGUCAGAAUUACCAAUAUCAUGUACGUUAUUGUUCAUAUCAACGGAUGUGCAUACUCGGAUAACAAUGUGUACCGUCGCUUGUGGCUGUUGUAUGGCUAAACAACCUCAUUUAUAAUUGAAACACAAGUGAAGACGUCGUCCUAUAAUGGUUAGGAACCAAUCCUUCUGAAAAAUUUCAUGGAAAACUAAAUAAAUCUAUAAGAAUCAACAAAAUUUAGAUCAUCAUUUUCAAAUUAGAACAAGUUAUAAUGACAAGAACCGUACGGCAUCUGUAAACAUUUUCAACUUUUAAAAAUUAAAAAAAAAAAAACCAUUAACAUAUUAACUGUAAGUUAAUAACUGCAGAAGUACUAAUUUUAAAUUAUAAAAUUAACUCGUAUUUCUUAGAGUGGAAAAAAGUCACAUAGAAAAAAAUUCACAGGCCAUGUUGGAUCAUACUGAAAUGAUAGUACGGUUUUUUUUUUUUUUGAAAAUCUCGUUUUAAAAAUAAAAGUCUAGAAUAUGGGUAAGAUGAUUGUUGAGAGGAAUCAACGAAAGAAUGAAGCACAACUGCCCAUCUUCCCCAAGAUCGAUUUUGCAGGAAACUCUUUCGAACAUAGCGCACUGAACUUUGCACAACGUCGAUACACACAAUCCCUGCUA